AGCCACACCUGCAAACAGGACCGAGUCAGAGCUCAGGGAGCACUGCUGGGAGAGGGUCAGCACACCUGCAAACAGGACUGAGUCAGAGCUCAGGCAGCACUUCUGGGAGAGGGUCAGCACACCUGCAAACAGGACCGAGUCAGAGCUCAGGCAGCACUUCUGGGAGAGGGUCAGCAAAAAGCAGCAGUUGCAUAGGUGGUACAGCAUCUGCUUGGCCGAUGCUGGCCGGCCUGCUGGGGUCAAUGUCCUGGCCCAGCGCCUGCAGGAUCCUGGAAGUUUUAACUUCACACCCCACCUGUUCAUCCUCAGCAGCUCCUCUGGGGAUUUUGCGGCCACGGAGUUUGUGUAUUCUGCCCAAGCCCCCUCUGUGGUCAGUUCCAUGCCCUUCCUGCAGGAAGAUCUGUACAGCGUGCCCCAGUCGGCGCUUUUCCUUGUUGACAGUCACCACGAGGUGUACCUCUGGCAAGGCUGGUGGCCCAUCGAGAACAAGAUCACUAGUUCUACCCACAUCUGCCCUGCCUCCGCGAAGAGCACGAUGGAGACCGUACUCCAGUACUGCAAAGGGAAAAAUCUCAAGAAACCACCCCCCAAGUCUUACCUUAUCCGUGCUGGUCUGGAAUCCCUGACAUUCACCAAUAUAUUUCCCAACUGGAAGCACAGGGAGGACAUUGCUGAGAUCACAGAGAUGGACACGGAAGUUUCCAAUCAGAUCACCCUCGUGGAAGACGUCUUAGCCAAGCUCGGUAAAACCAUUUAUCCGCUGACCGACCUCUUGGCCAGGCCACUCCCGGAGGGGGUCGAUCCACUGAAGCUUGAGAUCUAUCUCACUGAUGAAGACUUCCAGUUUGCACUAGACAUGACAAGGAAAGAAUACAAUGCCCUGCCCGCCUGGAAGCAGGUGAACCUGAAGAAAACGGGAGGCCUGUUCUGAGUAGGCAGAUGCCAGAGGAACCUCGUGGUCACGUCCAGUACCAUCGCACCAGGGAAAUGGAUAUAUAUUUUUGGACUGGUGUUUUUCACAAAGUAUCUUUCAAUCAGAGUUUUCAGAACCUGAUAUUGUUAAAGAUACUACUUGUCCGGGAGUUGUGUAUUUUGUAAACGUUCAAGGGAACUAUUUGGGAACUUCCUUCCACCAUU